ACAGCUUUCUAUCAUCUUUUCUUCUUCUCCUCAGACCUCAAACUCUUACAUUUCGUUUCACUUUUCAAACUACAAAAGACCAGUAGCAUGGGUCAUGAAUGUAUCGAUGCAUCCAAGGAGUUCAAAUUUAGUGACGAUGUCAAAAGUGAAGUGACUGAGAUUGUUCUUGUUCGCCAUGGAGAAACCACUUGGAAUGCUGCCGGAAGAAUCCAGGGACAAAUUGAGUCAGAUCUUAACGAAAUUGGACAAAAGCAGGCUGUUGCAAUCGCUGAAAGAUUGGGGAAAGAGGAGAGACCCGUAGCUGUGUAUUCAUCAGACCUCAAGCGAGCCAAGGAUACUGCUCUGAUGAUAGCAGAAACAUGUUUUUGUUCUGAGGUGAUUGAAAUACCUGACUUAAAGGAAAGGCAUGUGGGCAGUCUUCAAGGACUGUACUGGAAAGAAGGAGCAGAGAAAGAACCUGAAGCUUACUCUGCUUUCUUUUCUUCUCAAAAUGAUCUCGAGAUUCCUGGAGGAGGAGAGAGCUUUGACCAACUUUGUGAGAGAUCCAUGAAUGCGCUUGAGCUAAUUGCCAAGAAGCACAAAGGAGAGAGAGUGAUUGUGGUGACUCAUGGAGGAGUGUUGAGGGCAAUUUAUUUGAUGAUCACCAAAGCUUCAUCCGCCGGAAAACUCCUUAAUGCUUCGGUGAAUGUUGUUCGCUACGGUGAGGAGAAAUGGAUCAUUGAUUCGUGGAGCGAUGUUUCUCAUCUCUCUUCCGUUGGAUUUCUCCAACGUGGAUUUGAUGGAGACUCCAAGCCCUAGAGGGAACUAUAUCCUCUUCCCUAUUGUUUCUGACAAUCGAGAGAGGUCUUCUAUCCAUUUUAUAAUGUACUUCUUUGAUGUUUUCUGAUUGUCUUUUAUUUUUCCUUUUGCUAAGAUGUGCUUCUGAUUGUGAGAUCGAGAUGUCCUUCUGUAAAAGUAAAUUAUCUUGUACUUUCCAAUAAUAAUUUUCAUAUAAUUUAAACC